GCUAUAAGGGCCUCUCCUCCGCCCUCCGAGACUCACUCGGCCGCAGCAGCCGCAGCCCCCGCGCAGCCACCCCCGGAGCCCGCGUCCCCCAGCCCAGCGCCCAGCCAUGGAGGCCAUUAAGAAGAAGAUGCAGAUGCUGAAGCUGGACAAGGAGAACGCCAUCGACCGGGCCGAGCAGGCCGAGGCGGAUAAGAAAGCCGCAGAGGACAAAUGCAAGCAGGUGGAGGAGGAGCUGGCGCACCUCCAGAAGAAGCUGAAAGGGACGGAGGACGAGCUGGAGAAAUACUCCGAGAACCUGAAGGAAGCGCAGGAGAAGCUGGAGGUGACGGAGAAGAAGGCCUCUGACGCUGAAGGUGACGUGGCGGCUCUGAAUCGGCGCAUCCAGCUCGUGGAGGAGGAGUUGGACAGGGCUCAGGAACGGCUGGCCACAGCCCUGCAGAAGUUGGAGGAAGCGGAAAAGGCUGCGGAUGAGAGCGAGAGGGGAAUGAAGGUGAUAGAAAACCGGGCCAUGAAAGACGAGGAGAAGAUGGAGAUCCAGGAAAUGCAGCUCAAAGAGGCCAAGCACAUCGCUGAAGAGGCCGACCGCAAGUACGAGGAGGUAGCUCGUAAGUUGGUCAUCUUGGAAGGCGAGCUGGAAAGGGCGGAGGAGCGUGCGGAGGUGUCUGAGCUAAAAUGCGGUGACCUGGAGGAAGAGCUCAGGAAUGUCACUAACAAUCUGAAAUCGCUCGAGGCCGCAUCUGAGAAGUAUUCUGAAAAGGAGGACAAAUAUGAAGAAGAAAUUAAACUUCUUUCUGAUAAACUGAAAGAGGCUGAGACCCGUGCUGAAUUUGCAGAGAGGACGGUUGCAAAACUGGAAAAGACAAUCGAUGACCUGGAAGAUGAGUUGUAUGCUCAGAAGCUCAAGUACAAAGCUGUCAGCGAGGAGCUGGACCAUGCUCUCAACGACAUGACCUCUCUCUGAGGGGCGGUGGGGCGCCGCCCUCUGUCCUGGCAGUACUGCCGCCUGCCUUCUCACUGUGCUGCCCACACUCCGGGCUUCUAGGAGCUCCAGUUGCCUGCCUCCUGGUUUGGUGUUUCGAGCCUUCCGAUGUGUCUGUGACUCUGUGGCCGCAAUAAAGAUAGGCAGUCCUCAUCUUCAUGCCCUCUCAUUUUCAUUUUCUCCACUUGCCGCCUUUGAGUCGUAGCUGUCGGUGCCCUUGACCGUGGCUGGAACAAAAAGUGGCCGGUUAGCCUUCUCUCGCUCACAGAUGAAGCGCUCAUUACAGAAAAGAAAGUUAUGCCGACGUGAUUCUUUUCUGAAGAGGCAAAAACAAAAGGCAGCUUGGCACGCGCUCUCGAAUGGGCGUCAGCUCACUGCGUCUGCGUGCCAGGCGUUUUUCCUUAAUUAGAAACUGUCUGAAUGGAGGCUCAUCCCUACCAACAACCUCUGCGCAGCUUACGACUCAGCAGCACUUGCAAAGACCAGCAAGCCUGUGUCUAAAAUGAGGCUACCCUUGAAUGGGGUUUGAGCUACGAAUUCAAACAGCGGCAGUGGCAUUUUCGUCUCCUCCUUCUUCCUUUUCUCGUUUGCUCUCUGUGUUACGCUCUGGGAAUGGUGGCUGGGGUUUCCCACGUCUUCAUCGUUCAUGGAACAUUCAUCCAGCGCCCCGUCCUGGGAGGAAGUUCACCUUCGCACCCAGCCCUCAGGAAACUGACUGUACCAGGAAUUAAAGAACAUCCCAUUGACAGGGAAAGGGAGUAGAAACUGCCGUGGUGUCAGACAAAAGAAGUGGGGUGACUCUUUACUGAGUUCCAAACCACGCUGCCUGAGAUGCUGACAUCGUCUCCAUACCUCAGUUAACUAUAACCAGGAACCCUGCUUUAGUUUCGUAAUAACUCAUGGGAUCGGCCUGUGGGUAUUAAAAGGUCAUACUUUUGGUGAUCAAAAACACGGAUUUUUCCAAGAAAAUCCAAAUUUGAAAUAGUCUAUCCAGUCCUCCCCUGCAUCCCACCACCACCUCAAAUUAUCCUGGAAACACGGACAUUUAGAUCUCUAAGCUACACCUUCCAAACCACCCCUCGAACCUGGAAUUGGCACAAAAAUCACCAACUAGAUCACCAAUUUUUGGUCACUAUAGCUUGUUAUUCCUCAUCCUGUAAUUUUUUUAUUCAGGUGGGAAGCUCUGUCUCAAUUGUUCUUGAUGUUCAUUGCUCCAAAAUGCACGUCCCCUAAACUACCUGCACCUUUCCAGCCCAGCCUCUUCCUGUUCCUAAGAGCCACCCUUUCUCAACUUUUGUAAAAACCAUGCCCCUCACACAUUGCCUUACGUAUGCCCUUGGAGAGGUCACAGACUGUGUAGGGGGCUAUUUUUUGUUUGCUUUCUCUUUGUAUCUGUUCCCGGGAUUCUUCCGGACAUUUGUAGCCUCCACCCUUUGGAAUGACUAUGCAGCCUGCCUAUCCUGUCAUUCUACCUAACUAAGCACCUAAGUGGAAUUUCAGACAUUAAUGCUAUGGAGUUCGACUUUUACCUGUUGAUAGUCUGUGAGCCUCAUGACAAUUCUCAAGGACGAUUAAGGGAAAGUAAUUUUUUUAAAGAUUCAUUUUAUUUAAGAUACAUAAAGUAACAUAUUCUCCUAACUAUUUUAAAACGCAGACUGAUCUUUAAUACUGAAUCAUAAGGCUCGAUUAUCAUACUACACAUACUGAAUCAUAAGGCUUGAUUUAUCAAACUACACAGAUGGAAAGAAAAAAGUUGUUCAGAGAAGUCAAGAGAUUUUCCAAAAGUCAGACAUCUAGCUAGCAACUAGAUUUCAAUUCCUCUGACUUCCAGGCCAAUGUGUUUUCCAUUUAUUCCAUUCAUUAAGGAAAUUGUGGUAGGCAGAAUUCUAAGACGGUCCCCAAGAUUCUCACUCCCUGGUGUGCAGGUCCUGUAUAUCCAAGGGAAAGUAAUUUUAUCUCAGACCUAGUAACAAAAUAGAUGCCAAAAAAUCCAGGUGAUAAGGUAAAGUGAGGUCAGGAUUCAUAGUCGAGAGACCAGGGUGUGAAUCCUAGCUCUACUUUAGCUGUGCAACCCUGAACAAGCUGCUUAGCUUUCCUGCAAAAUAGAGGUGAUACCUCAGUUGUUGUGAGGCUUAAAUGAGAUGAUGGAGACAUUGGCUCAUACAUUCAGUAUUCAGUUAACAUUUAUUCCCCCAGACUGGACAGGCCCAGGUCACUAUUCUGUUUCUGAUGGAUCAUAGUCGCUUGAUCUCUUUUUUAAGUGCCUCCUCAAAUGAAAGUUUCAGUCGUUGCAGCAGAAAGGCUGCCAUCUUCUGCAGUCAUUUUUUUCUUCCUGAAAAUUUCCAGGCUGAUCAUAUCACAUUUUAUGAGGCAUUUUGCUUCCCUCUGGUAUUUUAAUAAGUUUUGGCCUUAUCCCUUACCGGCCGUCACUUACUGUAAACCAGUUCUCUCUCGUGCUGUCACGCAUAGCUCUAAAUAGCUUCUUUUUCUUUUCUUUUUUUUUUGUUUCAUCAGCUCAAUGGCUUAAUAACGUGCCUACAGUCUGGCUUAAAUUUCAGUCAUGUUGCUUUUACCUGGGGUUUGACCUCAUUGCUGUGGAUACACAGACACAGUAACACCAAUAUGCUCAGAAUUUAAACAACCAUUCCCAGAAGCUCCAAAGGAAAGAUGUGUUAUAGGAUUGCAUUUUCCUACCAAAGGCUCAGGGUCUAAUAAACUGGGACUAGGGGGAUAAUGUAUUAAGUCACCCAUAUCUAGGACUAAAAUCUUAUGUUUGUGUAGCAAGUCAUAGGCUCUGAAACAUUUCUCAUUUAUUCCUCAUAAUAACCCCCACAGCACACAUUGGUAUUAUAUUAUCCCCAUUUGACAGAUGGUAAAACUGAGUCCUAGAAAGGUUAAAUGGCUUACUUGGGUACAACUGGGACUUAAAUUCGGGUAUUCUGACUCUAGGGUUGCCAGAUUUAGCAAAUGAAAAUACAGGACACCGAGUUAAAUUUGAAUUUCAGAUAGGCAAUGAAUAAAUUUUUGGCAUAAGUAUAUCU